AUGAAACUCACCACCGUCCUUACAGCAACCUCCCUCAUCGGCUCUGCCCUCGCCCUCCCCCCCAACAGCCGCCUCGCACACCGAAUCCACGCCCGCUCCCUCAAUCGCCAAUCGCAGCCCUUAGGCCAAUCGCCCGGCGGCCACUCCGGCACCAACGAAGGCUUCCGAACCGCCAACACCUCCACCGUCACAUACAGCAACAACUGGGCCGGCGCAGUACGCGAAAAGCCACCCGCCGCGGGACCCUACACCGCCGUAUCAGCAACAUUCACCGUGCCCAAGCCUACCGCGGUGCCUCAAUCCAGCAGCAGCAGCAGCAACAGCAAUCUGCAAGCCGGCUCCGCCUGGGUGGGCAUCGACGGCGACACAUACAACGCAGCGAUCCUCCAGACGGGAGUCGACUUCUACAUCGAAAACGGGAAGACCUACAACGACGCCUGGUUCGAGUGGUUCCCAGACUACGCGUACGACUUCAACCUCCAGGUCAACACAGGCGACGUGAUAGUCGCGCGAGUGCAGUCGUUUUCCCCGAGCGAGGGCGUCGCGGUGAUCGAGAACCAGAGCACGGGCCAGAAGGCGACGCAAACGGUCAAGGCCCCCGCGGCCACUGCGACGCUGGCGGGGCAGAAUGCCGACUGGAUUGUCGAGGACUUCCAGUCGGGGGAUUCGAUUGUGACGCUGGCGGAUUUCAGUAGUGUGACGUUUACGGGUGCGCAGGCGCAGGCUGGCGGGCAGAGUUUUGGACUUGACGGGGCGACGAUUGUCGAGCUGAAGCAGAAUAACCAGGUGCUUACGGAGGUGGUGGUUGAAGGUGACUCGCAACUGACUGUUAUUUGUAAGUCGUCUUAG